AGCUGACAAGAUACCCAAUAUUCUUGAGACACCGUCAGCACAACAAGCAAGUUGCACAAUAGUACAAGCUUCGUCAAACCUUGUGUUACACCACUAUACAUCCCCUCUAUACAACAAGUAGCCCAUCUCAGCAUGAGCCCCAUCAAAGAUAUCGCAGAGGGGAGCUCUCCUGUGGGUGAUGAGGAGUCUGUUGCCUCGGGAAAUGAAAGUGAUAUGAAGAACGACGAUGGCGGGGGCGAAGGCAGGCGGCGCAGACGAACCUUUGCCGAAUUGGAUCGGUCGUACGUUUGUGAACACCCCAACUGCGGUCGGCCCUAUGCUUCCGAGCACUCACUGAACCAGCAUGUUCGCUUAAAGCAUGCAUCACGCAGCCCUGCCCGUCGAAGAGGAUUAACUCUCCCGAUGUACAUGCCACUACCAAAUCAAAAUAUACCCGGUAUGCAAGGAGGCCCACCCGUGUCUGUCACAGAAACAAUUGCGCAUUCGCCCGCGUUAGGCCGGGUGAGAGGCAUGCCGUACAACAACCCCCGUUUUCCCCUUGCACGACACGGCAGUCUGAAAGAUUGCCGACUGAACGUUGCGACGGGCGAAAGGGUUCAGGGAGGCGCAAUGUCGGCGCAUGCCGGCGACACCUUGUAUGAGCAUGGAUUUGGCAGUGCAAGUCAACCAGGCUCCCCAGGUGGUGGUAGAAUACCAAGUCAAAGGUUAAAUUCCAAUCAGUUGGCAUGGUCAGCAGUGGGCGGGUUUCACGACUCCAUGAACAAAUCAAAUACGACUUCCCCGCAAGUGGAUCGUAUAGAACGCAUGCGGAUGAAUUCUGCCCAAUCGCCCAUGACUUCACUAUCGAUGGGCAAUUUGCCAAUGCGAAUGAAUCCGAACAAUAUGGCGACAUCGCUGGAGAAUUUUCAACAGCUCAGAGACAGUACCGAUAAUAUGAACAGCUGGCAUAGCAACAAGGAUCUUCAAAUGCAACAAAACCAGCAACAGCGACAGUUCAAUCAAAGCCAAGGUGGCUCGGCGGCAAAUUCGAGGAACAAUUCCGUCUUGGAUCUUAUGGGGGCUAAUUUCGUGGCGGUUACAGGGCAGGACCAGAGUCAGAGCCAACAAAUGCAGAUGCAACAUCAACAGUACCAACAACAGCAGAUGCAGCAACGGCAACAGUUCUCGCAGCAAUAUCCGUCACAAUCUUCUCUAAGCGCGUCGAACUCCUAUGGGAAUGUGGCGCACAAUCAGCCCUUCAAGAAUACUCGCUCGUUUGGCAACGACAUGCAAUCCAUGUCCUCAGACUCUCUAUCGCAGCAGAGCAACAACUUACGAACCAUGCUCAAUAAUCCACUUAUAAAUCCACCACCGCACGCCCAGCAACAAGUAAAUCGAAUAGCGAACCAAAGUCUUAGCCACGGUAGAGCAAACUCUUGGAAUCCACAAGCGUCAGAUCAAUCCAUGCCAAACUUCUCUGCCUCGCGCGAAGACCUUAUGGUAAAUACCGCUGGCAUGUUCGAAGGCAAUGGCGAGGCCAGCAUGCCCGGUAGCAGAAAUACCAGCACAACAAAUUUGAUGAACCCCUAUCGUGGCAAUGAUAAUAUGGUUCACAAUAAUGGUCCGAACCAGUUCAAUCAGCAAGGCGCCGCUCCGGGAUAUUCAUCACCCAUGAGUAUCAGUGCAUCUAAUUUGGAAUCGGUCAUUCAUACACUGAGUAAUUCGUCGUCAUUGUCGGAUGUGAGUCAAUUUGGGCGAGCCUCGCCUGCGCACAGUAAGGUGCUGUCGAGUUCUAACCUUAGCCGCUCAAAUGUUCAACACCAAAGGUCGGCCGGGAAUCCCGCCAUGUUUGGUUCUGGGCAAACGGGCGAAGGUAUGUCCACUCUAGCAGACAAAGCUUCGGUCAUUGGACGGACGACUGAUAUGGCGUUCCAGCAAGAAAUUCUUGAUCACUUAAAGAAUUUGGUUUGA